AGUAACCACUUGAGUAAACAAGUCUUUCUCACCACCCCUGUGAGCACAGCUCCGCCGGUUGGGCAGCCCGGUUUCCCGGCUGCGGCCGGUCCCGGCCCGCAUUUGACUCGCAUUCCCCGAGCGGCGGCGGCACUGCAGCCCCGCAGGGACACACCGCCGCUCCGUCCCCACCGGCAGAGCCCCGCCGUCACCCCCCGGGGCUGCUGGGGGUGCCCGCGCCGGGGCUGGGCGGGCGGCGGCCGCGGGACCCCCGGGGCAGCUCCGGCCUCGGGCUUCAGCACCGCGGACAGCGGCGGGGCCGGCGGGGAGCGGAGCCCCGGCCGCGCCGGAGGCCCCGGGGAGCGGGACCCCGAGACCCACGGGGAGCGAGACCCCGAGUCCCCGGGGAGCGGGACCCCGAGACCCACGGGGAGCGAGACCCCGAGACCCACGGGGAGCGAGACCCCGAGACCCCGGAGGAGAGGCACCCCGAGGAGCGGGGCCCGGCCGCAGCGAGGGCGCAGGGGAGCGGGAGCGCGGCGCCGAGGGUCGCGGGGGGCUGAGCCCCGCCGCACCGAGGGUGCCGGGGAUGCGGCGGCCCGGCCCCGGGCAGGCUCCGCGCCCGCCCCGGCGGAGCGCCCCAGUUCCGGUCACGUUGCCGCCUGUUUACGGGCGGCGGCGCCGGGCCGGGCGAGGCGGGGCCGCCGCAGGCAGCGCGGGCAGCGCGGGAGCCGCCGCGGCCCCGGCCCGGCCCGGCCCGGCCCCGCCGCCCCAUGACGCCCAGCGGGCGCCCCGUGGGGCCCCGCCGCUCCCCCCAGGCCUGGACUGUGAAUUUGGUUGCGAUGGAGACCGUGUCCCUGGAGCACCAGAUCCAGAGUGUGCAGCGGCACAUUGCUUUCCUGAAGAAGGAGCAGAUGGAGCUGCUCCAUGACCUGCACCUGGAGAUCCUCCGCCUGCAGAAGCACUGCUCAGAGCUCACCCAUGACCUGGAAAUGAAAGAGCUGGAGGCCCGCCAACAAGACGUCCUGGACCGCGAGCUGGAGGAGAAGUGCCGGGCGAUGGAGGCGCAGCUGCAGGAGAAGGAGAAGGACAACCUGGAGCUGCGCAAGGAGCUGCAGCACAAGGAGACGCUGGUGGCCGCGCUGCGCUCCAGCCUCCGCAGCAAGGAGCGCCGGUUCCUGGAGGAGCUGAAGCGGCGGAGCCACCGCGUCACCAUCCUCGACACCGAGCUGCAGAAGCAGACGGAGGCGGCCGCCUACCUCUCGCUGCAGCUGCACGCCACGGCGCAGCGGCUGCCGGGCCCCCGGGCGGGCGGGCGGCCGAGCCCCGAGCAGCCCCCGGCCGAGCCCCGGCCCCGCCGCCGCGCCCACAGGGCGCCCGCCCGGCGCCCGCCCGGGGACGGCGGCCGGGCCAGGGACCCCGCGCAGGAGGAGCACGACGCCAUGCCCGACCCGGCGCUGUUCCUGUACGCGCCGCGGCCGCACGGCCCUCAGCGCCCGCCGCCCGAGCCGCCGGGCCCGCCCCGCGCCGCCGCGGCCUCCCGCGGCCCGCGGCCCCCGCGGCCCGAGCCCGCGGGCAGGGCCAGGCCGGCCAAGGGCGAGCCCGGCAAGAGGCAGGGCUCCGGUGCCCACGGCGCCCGCGGUGCCCCCCGCGCACAGGAGUAGGCGGCGAGGGCGCCGAGCGGCCGGAGCCCCGCGGCACCGGGGGCUCCUUCCCCGUCCCCUCGGUGGAGCGGAGGGGCGGCCGAGAGCGGAGCCCUGCCCGCGCCUCCCACCCACCGGCAGCCAGGGAGGGGCCCGAAAGGUGUGAGCCAGGGAUGCUGCCGGCAGUGCUGCGGGACAGGGCCGCUUCCAGCACCCGGGCUGUGAGGGGGACACGUCCGAGCGCCUGUGCCCUGCUUGCGAGGAAAAAACAAAGCAAGAAAGAAGAGGAAGCAUUUUAAAAUGAGAUUUUCCUGCUGCGGCUGCCCUCGGAGUGGGCGCCGGGCUGCUUUCCCUGGGCACAGCAGCACACGGCUCGGCCCGCGGGGUCAGCCAGCCCGGCCUCAGCCCUGGCAUCGCGGGCACACCACCUGCAAGGCUCUCAGAACGCGGGCAGCUGGACGAGCUCGGUCCUGUGGGUGUCGGAGGGAUCCCCUUCCCGGGGACAGCGCUGCUGUGCUGGCCCGGCCUGUCCCGCGCUCCCCGUGCCGCGGUGUGGCUGGCUCCAGCACGGAUUUCCCCUCACGCAGGGCUCGGACGAGGCAGCUGGACAGGCAGGGCCCGGCACUCCUGCUGGGCCGCUGCAGCCGGGCUCUGUGUGCUGCUGGAGCAGCGCUGCAGCCUGUGCCCCCUGGCAGGGCUCUCCUCGGCACCAGCACUGUGGUUCCCAGUCACAUCCACAGCCAGGUCUGGGCUUGCUGCUGAGGCAGAGCAGCGCCCCGGUCCUCCCCCAUUGCCUGCCGUCCCUCUCAGCACACGGCCACACACAGCCGCCUCCUUGCCCCAUUUCCAGCCAAACCGUCAGCUUUACAAUCACUCCCUGGCCGUUGUGAAAUACCAUUAGCAGGGGAGGGCUCUGGCAGCCAGGCAGGGCAGAGGUCGCUGUGCUCAGUGCUGCUCGGGGCAGCUCAAGGGGCAGGUUUCACCCUGGCGUGUGGGCUGCCAGCCUGCAGCCAGCGCCUGCCAGCCCCGUGAGCAGCAGCCUCCGCAGGACCCUCCUGCCUCCGCGGCUGCUGUGGGCAGCAGGGAGCUGCAGGGUAGCAUCAGACCCUACUUCCUUCCAAUUCAGUCUGAAACCUCUUGAAAGACAUCACCCUCAUAGACUAGCGAGGCUUGGCCUGCCCGCACUCACCCUCAGUGUGCCCGUGCAGUCAGAGCUGUCUAUUUUUGUAGUUCAAUAUUUAUAUACUCUAUUAAAAUGCUUUAUGAGAUUGACAGCAGCAGUCGCCAACCAGCUCUUUGGUAAAAACAAACCCCAAAGCGUAUGAGCUGCACUAGCAGGGCAGAAAUUAGCGGCUUUUGCACCUUUUCUUUGGCUGUUAUGUGACUAGUCAGGCUUUGGAGGACACGACCUCUCGUGCUCUCCCAGGGCAGCCCUGAGGGCUGGGACUCCCCAGCUGCUCCCAUGGUCCCUAACACAGCCCUGGGUUUGGGAAGAGCCCAGCACAGCCACGCUGGGCAGAGCCAGGCCGAGUGUGCAGCUCCUGGGGCACGAAAGCUCUCGUGGGCAGUGUCUGCAGCCCCCGAGGUGUCUGGAGCUGCUGCCUGGGCCGUGCAGAGCCCAGGAGCCCCCAGCCCUCAGAUGGCACAGCCAGGGGAGGCUGCAGGGCGCCCACGGGCUGUGGAUGCAGAGCUCCCCGUGCCCAGGGUGCCCACACAGGCUCGGCAGUGCAGGGCAGCACGGGGGGCUCUGAGCACGGGAACAUGAGGGACAAAAGCCCUGAGCUCCCCGGCAUGGCUGCAGAAUGCUUCCCGCCUGUUUCCCUGUGCCAGGCCCAGCUCUGGGGGACCUGGGGGUGCUGGGGCCCUGCUGUCACCCACCCUCGGGGACACGGAGGGGACCUUUGUGAGGGGAGCAGCCCCAGGGCCCCAGCGGCACAGUUCUGGGAGGUUGUGCCCCUGAGGUGCUACUGGCCUCUGGAAAUCGCUGUUUCUCUCAGGUUCUGAGAGGUCCUGCUGCGGAUUUGUCUCUCUUGUAGGGUGAGAGAGGCGAUGCCUGUCCCUGUGUGCUCGGCUGCUGCUGCAGCUGCGGUGCGCACAGCUGCUCCCCGUCCUUCCUAGACAAUCCUGAUAGACACAGUAUGUUGCAUCUUGAUUACAAACUUCUUCAUGAGAUCACGGUGUUUAUGACUGAGCAUUGAGAAGUGGAGUUCGGAGAAGUAUGAUCCUUCUCCUGUGUAAAUACCUUCCUAGCAAUCAUCAUCCGUAGUGCCUAGUAUGUAAAUUAAGCAACCCUGUGUGAGCUGCAGGGCCCUUUCCUCUCCACAGUGAUUAGCAGCUUGCUCAAGGAGCUGAUGUCGCUCCAGUCCCCCAUGCCGGUCCCUCCCCAGGGGCGGGCGGGCAGGCAGAGCCGCCGGCAGCGAGGGGGUUCCCAAAGGGAUGGAAGCCAGCACCCCAGUAACCCCUCCAUGCCAAUGAGUGUGCUUGGAGAUGAGUUGUCAGGGUGAGCCCUGCACUUUUCCUUGGGCACAUUUGCCUUGGAGCAGGAAGGAUCAGCUCUUGCGUGCUGUACCUGCUUCAGUCACUGCUGCUUUUCUUAGGGGGAGGGAAGCUCUAGAGAUACUAUAUAUACACUUAUAUAUAUAUAUAUACACACACAUACAUGCACUUGUUUUGAAGGGAAAACACUGUAUGAUUGUAAUAGAAAUAAUGUUGAGAUAAAUUAUUUUAAUCUUUGUAUUUAUAUAAAAUGAUCAAAGAGAUCAAAAUGAUAAAAAAAAAUCAAAAAGACAGUAUUCCUAUUUUUUACUGAGCAGGCUGCUGGAGCUGCCGUGAGCCUGAGAGCCACGGGGGCCCAGGCAGGGCCUGCCCUCCCCUCCUGGAGUGGGGGCUCUCGUGGACUCCCCCUCGCACUGUAAGCUCGCCCUUAGCCUGUAAGGUGUGAUAGGGAUCUGUAGGUGCGUUUAGUCUGUGCUCUGCACUCCUCAGGGGUCCAAAGGGCACACACAGCUCCGACCUGCUCUGUGAGAGCACAGAGUGAGGAGCACAGCCGCCCACAGCGGGGGAACGGGCACUGUUUGGCGUUGGCUUGUAAAGCUUAAUGAUUAGACUGGAAAUGGAAGCAUAGCAAUAACGCUCGUUGUUAAACAACGUCUUGUGUGUGUGAGCCACAUUUUCCUCAUUAUUAUUAUAUUAUUAUUAUUAUCAUCAUUUUUCCUAGUGCUAUCUGAUGUCUCAAAUGCACCUUGCAGCAGGUGUGAGGUGAGCAGUGGAUGGGGGAAGAUGCCCCCGCUGCACUCGCUGUGGCAGAGCCAGUCCUGGCAAUGGGAUGCAUGCUCCCCUGGACUUAUUUAACCCUGGCAGAUUAGUCAGGAAGAUCUUCCUCUUGACCCUGUUAACUAAAAAGCCAUAUUUUCUGAAUGUGUUUGCUGGGGCUAACCCAAGCACUCCCAGCCGUGUCCUUCCCAUCCCCACUAGGCUCCCAGCCUUCCCACUGUGCGUGGCUCUGUGCAGACACUGAGCUGGGCCAGGCCAGGAAAGGAAGCUCUCUGUGAAUCGCCUUAUGGCAGGCCAAGCCAGCUUUGUGGCCCAGCUGAUGGGUGCUCUGGAGGCACUGAGGGGGGCUCUUUCCUGGCUGCCCAGGAGAGGUGGCAGUGGCACAGCAAGAAACACCCUGCCUGCAGUGGCUGGAGCCAGCAGCGCGAAGGGAUUGCUCUGCUUCUCCCAAGUUCUCCCCGGGCUCUCCACACUAGGAAGGUGAUCAGCAGCACAACAAGGGACUUUCCUCAUUAGGGGUUAGGUGAACCUUUGGGAGUCCUUGUGCACAGCCUUGCGAGCUGGCUCCUGCUGCCCCGGUGGAGCCACGCCAGCCUGCCUUUCCUGGAACACGGCAGCCCUGAUGAGCCAGCCUGGCUGCAGUGACGCCGCAGCGCUCGCUGCACGCCCGUUCUUGUCACCCUCCUGCACUGCCGGCGCCUGGCUGCCAGCAGGACAGGGAGAACUCCCUUACGCCUCUGGGCUGCCUCAUGCAGGCACCUGAGAUCUGUGGAUAAGAUCAGCAGUGCCGGCUGGGCGAGCAGGAGCUCGGGAUCGAUGAGCACAGCAGCCCUGGAGGAGCCACCAGACACCACGGCCAGUUAAAGCACAAGGAUCAAAGCGCCGUGUCCCCUCACCUCAGAGCUGCCCUUUGCUCCCCAGGGCCCCAUGUCUGCCUCUGUGCCCUCCUUGCCACUCUGGCCCUGCAGGGACACUGCUGUCCCACCCCAUGGCGGGAUGGUGCCUCUGGGCAGGACCAGGGUGACACUGGCACUGCCACCACACCCAUCCCUUCAUCUCAGCCUCCCUCUCCUGGCACCUGGGGCAGGAGCAGGGGGGGAAGCUGCUGGUGUGUGAGAGUGCACCCAACCCACACCCAAGCGGUGCCUGGUCCUCCCUGGCCAGGGUGUGGUUGUGCCUCCUGGCUCUUCCCGAUAGAUUUCAGUCAUCUUGCAGCUUCCAAGAAAGCUCCCCUUUCCUGUUGUUGCAAUUAUUGCAGGAAUUAGACUAUCAGGCCCUGGGAAUGCCCAAAUCUUUGCAUGUCUGAAGCAGCAGACCCUUUGUGCCCAGGGGCUGUGGGUACAGUGCUGCAGCCCCCUCAGCCCCGCAAGGACGAGCCCUGUCUGUAUGUCUCAAGGUCACUGUCACCCCAGUGGGGUGGGGUGGGGACAUCACCUCUGCCUGGCCAGAGCUGCGCCGGGACCCCUGCGAGGGCUCGGAGGGACGAGGAGGGCAGCGCCUCUGCUCUCAGCUCCCCUGGUCCCAGAGCAGCUGUGCUCUCGGUGGAGCAAAAAAACAUUGUCCUUGGCUGAGUUUGUGAAGCUCAGUGAGAACAAUAAACGCCUGUGCCUCGUGCUGGGGAGGCAGAGGGACACAUGCCAAAGGCCUGACACUGCUCUGCUCUAUUUGAAUGUUCGUUUUGCUACAUGUCACCUUUUUUUUGCCAGGAUGAUGUUCUUGUCGACCUUGCUUUUUAACCAAGUGCUUUUCAGAAUGUGUUGACACCCAGAGACUAGAGUAUGGAGCUGUACUUUAGAAGUUGUUGUAAUAUGCCUUUUUCUUAAUAAAGAGACUGAAACCUGCAGGCUGGCACCGUCCUAGCCCGGGAUGCAGGACCCCCAGCACGAACCAGAAGCAUCUCUGUCCCUGUGCCAGACUGGCUCCUGCUCGCUCCCCCAGAGCCUUGCACAGCACAGGCAGCCCUCAGAGUGACCCCCCAGUUCUCACAGGCAGAUGGGGGAUCAUUGCCAGCAUCUGGAGUGCCAGGAAUGGCUUCCCACUGCCAGGGCAGGGUUAGGUGGGGUACGGGGAAGGAAUUGCUCCCUGUCAGGCUGGGGAGGGCCUGGCACAGGCUGGCCAAGGGAGCUGUGGCUGUCCCAUUUUGGAAGUGCUCAAGGCCAGACAGUGACACAGAGAAAGGGAAAAUAAACUCUCCAAUCAGUUUGUUUGGUUGGAAAGUUGAUAUUAUUCAGCGCUGGGUACAUGAGGGAUUGUUCCACCUAACAUGCAUGGCAAUUAUCAAAACUUUUAACAAUUUGUACAUUUUAGCAAACAAAGGAAUUAGUGUGCAUUGGCUACAAAUUACAUAGUUCUCUAAUUAGUUAGUGUUCUCUAUUGGUUAAUGAUUCCCUGCUUCCCAUGCUGAUUAGUUUUUUCUCUUCUUUUGGGUCAGUUGAUUUGUAGCAUCAGAGGUCAGUGGGUUGCUGGCCACAGACCCCCCCCCAGCAGAAUUACCUUCUACCCAUUUGGAGCUGAUUUCAGCACAA